GAACUGGACGUCAAGGACCUCUGCACGGCGGACGGCGUGGACAAGUUCAAGGCCUGGAUCGCGGAGCGCUACCAAGAGAUCGAGGUCGGAAAGAUCGCCGAGGCAUUGAACGGCUUCUUCAAGAAACUACGCCGUGGUCCAAGCCAGUCUGUGAGGGAGUUCAAUGCUGCUUUCGACCGCUCCUAUGCCAGACUGGUCGAAAUCGAAUGCCGACUACCGGAGACGGCUCGUGCUUGGGCCUACCUCAGUGCUCUUUCUCUUUCCCACUCGGAGGAGCUGGCCAUCCUUGGGAGCGUGAACAACGAGUUCAUAUGCAGCAGACUACAGCGCGCAGCGGUUCUUCAUGAAAAGAGCCUACGGCGACCGUGGGAUUUGAAGGACAGAACGAAGCCUUGGGAACGAGGAAACAGACCUACCAAGGUGAACAGUGCGAACGCAGUCGAGGCCAUCCCUGAGGAAGACGAGGACGAUGGUGAGGACCCCUCCGGCGUGGAACCGGAGAACGCGGACGAGGCAGAGCUCUUCGAGGCCUUCAUUACCGCCAAGGCGCAGUACAAGGAGGCCGUGCGAAAUAGGAACCUAGAGCCCGACGAGGUCCGGAAGGCCAUUGAUAGUAAGAUCCAGAGUGCCAAACAGCGUUCUUACUGCAGUGUGUGCAAACAGCGUGGUCAUUGGUAUCGCGACCCCGAAUGUCCUGGUAAACCUCCCUCCUCCAAGGACUCCCUGCCGAACAACGUCACCCACACGGCUAACAUUUCCAAUGAAGUUUUCAUGACGAGCGGCAUCCUCAGUGAUAACCUCAUGGCCAUCGCAGAUAGCGCGUGCACAAAGUCCGUGGCUGGCACUUCAUGGCUCCAACGAUACAUCGAUGUCCUGAAACCCUUCGGAGUGGAAGUCCCACUGCUCCCAGAGAACGAUAACUUCAAAUUUGGGGCUUCGCGGAUCUACUCCUCGAGUUAUGCGGCUGUGGUUUCCUUCAGGGUCGGAAGUUGCUGGGUCAUGGUGAAGGUGUCCAUCAUCCAUGGUGACCUACCACUCCUGUUGAGCCGUUCCGUUUUGGCCGAGCUUGGAAUGAUCUACAACCUUAAGGAGCACAAGGCGGACUUCGAGGCCGUCAGCGUGAAGGGACACCCCUUGAUGACCACACCGACGGGUCAUCCUGCAAUCAGUAUUUUCUAUGCCAAGAAGAUCCCUCCCGAAGUGAAGAACAUCCUUGUCAGUGAGAACGUGUCUGUAGAUUCCUUUGUGAAGUGGUGGAACAAGUCGCGUAUCACAUCUGACUUCUGGAUAGAGACAAAAUCCUCUAUGAUCAGAGUUCAUGUUACUCCUCGUAAGAGCUUCUUCAGCCCCGCAGAGUGGAAGACCCCACAGUCUCUUCUUCGUGACAAUCUCCUACGAGUACUCGGUAGCGUGAGGGAAACGUUCAGUGUGAGCUGUCGGUCACAACGAGGUCUUCCUCUGGCGGUCGAUCUCUGGGAAAUCGGGAAGUUCAAAGGGAGCGCCUACUACCAGAUCCCACGUCAGUACGCGGAAUGGGCGGACAAGGAGGAGAAAGAGAACGGCAACAAUAUGAGCCCGGACCUCAAGCGGUUUGUGCUCUGGUACCGGAAGAAGGUCGAGGAGAUCAAACCGAGAUCUACCGCGGACUACGUGGGGGACCCGGCAGAUGGGGAGAAGUUCUCCGAUGAAGGCAACGAGGGUGACUCCGAACAAUGGUCAGACCUAGAAAACGAUGACUACGACGCCGAGGUCCUUCUCUCAGAGCAUAUCGAAAAUUACUUGGCCAAAGCCAUUGCCGAAAAGGACUACUCCUCUUCCACCCUGAACUCCAUCCUGGAAGAGAUCUUCGGUGUCAAUGGCGAGCGUUUUCCUCGACGAGGAGCCCGAGCGCGACCCGAGGCAAUGGGAGAUGAUGAUACCGGGGAGCAAAAGAUCGUGCUCGGCUACUACACCUAUGGCAACAUGCGGGGGAUCUGUGCAAAUACCUCUAAGUUUGCUUCCCUCUGUUUGUACCUCAAAGAGUACUUCCUGGACAAGGACCCUUCCGCGAGGUGGAGUUCUAUUUCACUUGCUCUGAAUUGCAAGCCGGUUGUGCACACAGACCACAACAACCUAAAGGGGACCCUCAACUACCUCACGGCGACGGGAUCCUUUACAAAGGGCGGUGGUCUGUGGCAUGAAGAUUCCUCCUCUACUACCAGCACACCGAUGUUCAUGAAUGAUGCGAAGGGGCGCCAGGUGAAGGGUGUUGUUUCUUCGUCCAAGGACAAAGUAGCGACCUUCUUUGCUGACAAGAUGCACAGCGCCGAGCCCUGGGACGGAGGGAACAGAUGGGAGAACGCCGACGUCUACGCCAAUGGGGUUUUCAGCUUCAUGACCUACGACAUCUAG